AUGAGUAGUUUAUCUGUUCCCGGAAGUGACGACAUCCAUGCACGUGCCGGCUCGAGAAAUGAACAGGUUCCUAACAUAGUUGAGAAAGAAGAAUUUGAAUAUUGUUUUGUUGAUCCCCUGGAGAAGGAUUAUGAAUGCCCGGUGUGUGGUAGCGUGCUCAAGUACCCGGUGCUGUUCGAGGAAUGUAGUCACCGGUGUUGUGCCAACUGUUUACCGGAACUACUAAGGACUACCGCUAAAUGCCCGAUAGACGGCACUCCCAUUGAUAGAAACCGUCAAGUUAUUGUUGACAAGGAAUACCAGAAGGAGAUAGAGGCUCUCAAUGUUAACUGUUCUUUCUACACUAAAGGAUGUACGUGGUCGGGUAAAUUGAAGGAUAUUCAGAUUCACGUCGCCGACUGCAAGUAUUACUUACUGAAAUGUCCAAAAGGCUGCGGAAUGAAGCUCGAGAAAAUCGUGCUAAAACAUCAUCUUCAAGAAGACUGUGACAAACGUGAUAUACGCUGCGAGUUUUGUUCAAUGCGCAUGCGUGCUGAGGAGGAGGUCCAUCAUUUAGGAACUUGCGGGAAGUUUAAGAUGCCAUGUCCUAACAAAUGUAGUAAUGGUAAAGAACUUGAGCGCGAGAACAUGCGAGAUCACUUGGAGAACACGUGCACACGAGAAAUGAUAAAAUGUCCAUUCUGGGAUGGUGGUUGUCAGUUUGAGUGUAGGAGAAAGCAUAUGGAUAAGCAUAUUAAAGAAGACCCCAUUGUUCAUCUGGGAAUGGCAUGUGACACGGUCAUUCUUCACCGCAAGGAGCUGGAAAUUCAUGCUAAAUCCUUAACGAAGCAACUCCAACAGAUAACUACAUUAGAGCGGAAGGUUGACGCCUUGGAGAAGUUGUAUGGUUGUCAAAUGGUGUGGAGAAUAGAAAAGUGGGCGGAGAAAGUACAUGAAGCUAAGCUAGGUCGUAAAGCCACACUGUUCAGUCCGCCAUUCCUCACAAGUCGCCAUGGUUACAAGAUGGCGUUGUCUUUGUGUCCAUACGGAGACGGGAAAGCCCGGGGGAAGUUUCUGUCGAUAUUUAUAUGUAUAUGUAGUGGCGAGUACGAUCCUUUAUUAUUAUGGCCGUUCGGUCACACUGUCACCUUCACGUUGAUAGAUCAAUGUCAGGAUCCCGAGGCAAGACGUAACGUUAGCUACAUUAUACAGCCAAAUACAAUCAAAGACAACAAACCAUUUCUUGGACGCCCUGUAGGCGAGAGGAACGCGUCUUUCGGUGCACAGAGGUUUAUAGAGUUGGACAUACUGGAUACAUACGACUAUCUCCGAGAUGAUCAACUAUUCAUCAAAUGUGAGAUCGACAGUGAACACAUGAUGCUUCUUUAAUUAAAUAUAUGUAGAAUCCUUAAAACUUUCGCUGAAUGUAUGUAGAAUCCUCAAGACUUGGAUCGUACAAUGGAUAUUUGUACAAUCCUUAAGAAUUUGAAGCAUACCAAGAAUUUUUGUAGAAUCCUUUAGAAAUGCAACAGAGAAUGAUUUUUUUUGUAGAAUCGUUUACGGCUAUAAGCUUAUAUUAUGAAUUUAAUAUGUAGAAUACUAAGACUUGAAAUACACAGCGAGUAUAUGUAGAAUCCAACAGAUUUGAAAUAUAAAACGAGUAUAAUGUAGAUUCCAUGACUUGAAAUAUGCAUUGAUAUAUACAAA